UUCGUAAACAAAAGGAAAACAGUGUGAAUAAGAAAAAUCCUUUCGUAACCAUAUCACCACAUUAAAUUCUCACACGAAACCAAAGCAUUCUUAGUGAAAGGUUAACCAUCGUGAACAUAUUCACCUCACUCAUUAGUAAUUUUUUUUGCAAACACCUUUUUAUACUAGACAAGUAACUAGACAAACCAAGAAUCAACCAUUUUUUUUUAUAACCUAGAAUAAUCACCUCACACAACUAUAUCACCAACCAUGGAAAAAUCGGAUCGAAGUGUAGCUAUACCAGCACCUAACCACAGAUCUAAUAUUCGUCUUGUGUUGAUGACGAUAUUGGCAACGUCAAUAACCAUCUUAUCCUUAAUCAAGUUCAUGCCUACAACAUUAUCAUUUUCAGCAACACCAUGCCAUCAUACUUCUCAUCAUAGACACCACCACAACAACCACUAUUACAAUCAUUCAAUUGAUUUGUAUGAGGACGAAACCACUUAUUAUAACUUGUCAUCCACGACUGAGUUAUCUAGUGUGAUUCCUCUGACCACUUUUGAAGUUGCCAGUACAUACCAUAUCGUUUCUCUUCUCAAGAGAGCUGAAAAUGGAACCUCAUCAACAACUUCCCAAUCCAGCAGCAAUGGCCCAUCACACUCCUCUAGCGUUGUUCCACCUCCUGAGACCAGUGAGCAAGAACAAGAAACUACUUCCGCAACACCAGAGGAUGAAACCACCAGUGCUUCUCCCGAACCACAAUCAACAGCUCCUGAUAAUGAAACCACAGCUGCUUUCGAAUCAUCUACCACCGCUGAAGAGGAAGAAACUAGCGCUAGUCCAUCACCUACUGAAACCAGUCCUCCUGAAACCAGUGAGACAUCAGAAAGCAAGACUAGCUCUUCUAAGACCACCCCUACUAGUUCUGCCCCUGCUACUACUGGAGUGUCCAAGCAAGUCACCACCGCCACAUCCGUAGAUAACGGUAGAACCAUUGUGGUUACCAUGACAUCAAUAGUCAACGGUACCCAACCAACUAAUGCCACUGAACACAACAACGAUAGCCAAGAGCUGAGUGGAUUAUCCAACACAAACAAGAUCGUGGUUGGUGUUGUUGUUGGUGUUGGUGGGUCUAUUUUGCUCGGGUUAUUAGGGGUAUUCUUUUACUUGAGAAGAAGAAACAACCGUGAUUUUGAAAACGGAGGUUGGACUUUCUGGAGAAAGAAUGAAAAACUUGGUAGUGACGAGUUCUUCAACGGCGAAUUAGGGGUCAGAGAUAGAAACAUCAACCAAGGAUCAAACUUUUAGAGAAGCCACAAUAUUUGUUUAUUUUGUUUAUUUAAGGUACUAUUAAUUUGUCUGCUUUUUCUCUUUUGUAUAGUUAGUAUGCAUAUUUUAAUAUAUCAAAAUUUUUUUU